AUGGUUGCCGUCUCCAAGAUCGUCUUCGUCGCCACCGCUGCUGCCGGUGUGAUGGCCGCCCCUGCUUCCCAGCAGGCUGGUCCUCUUGUCCAGUUCAACGAGGUCAAGCAGCUUCCUGCUUCCUGGGCCUCAGUUGGCCAGGCCAACCGCGACACCAUGGUCAAGGCCCAGAUUGGUCUUAAGCAGAACAACAUCAAGGGUCUCCAGGCCAAGCUCAUGGACAUCUCCAACCCCGAGAGCCCCAACUACGGCAAGUGGCUGUCCAAGGAGCAGGUUGACGAGUACACUGCUCCCGCUGCCGCCGAUGUUGCUGCCGUCAAGGCCUGGCUCGCCGCCAAUGGCAUCACUGAGGUCUCUAUGCCCUCCAACGAUUGGAUCGAGUUCUCCGUCCCCAUCCACCAGAUGGAAUCUCUUCUCGCCGCCAAGUACGAGCUCUACCAACACGCCACCACUGGCGCCAAGGUCCCCCGUACCAAGCAGUACUCUGUUCCCCAGAACCUGCACUCCGUGAUUGACGUUGUCACGCCCACCACUGCCUUCGUCUCCAAGAUUGCUCCUCACAUCCACGAGAACAGCGCCAAGGGUGCUGCUGCCGGCGGCCUCACCAGCCCUGCCUCCAUCAAGUCGGCCUACAACGUCGACUACACCCCCUCUGGCAACGGCCAGCUCAUUGCCUCGACCGGCUUCAUUGGCAUCGGCGCCUCCCACCAGGACUACGCCGCCUUUGGCCGCCAGUUCGUCUCUGGCCUCAAGGACUUUAAGGACGUCGGCGUCAACGGUGGCAGCAACAGCGGCGACGGCAGCCAGCUUGAGGGUAACCUCGACACCCAGUACAUGGGUGGUGUUGGCCACCCUCUCCAGAGCGAGUACCUUGCCGUUGCUCCCACCGGCUCCGACGACAAGUCCUUCAACGAUGCUAUGCUCGCUCUCACCAGCUACCUCAACACCAACGCCAACCCUCCCUCCGUCGUCUCCACCAGCUACGGCGCUGAGGAGCGCACCCUCGACGGCAGCUACCUCGACCGUAUCUGCAACGAGUUCAUGAAGGCCGGCUCUCGCGGUGUCAGUGUCUUCUUCUCCUCCGGUGACAACGGCAACGGUGGAAACGGCGGCAACAACUGCAACAACGGCUACUACGGAACCUGGCCCGCUAGCUGCCCCUACGUCACCACUGUAGGUGGCACCGAGUUCGACUCCAACAACAACGAGGUCGUCGCCAACUUUGCCCAGUACACCAACGGCAAGAUCACCUCCCCUGGCGGUGGCUACUCUGAGCACUUCACUGCUCCCGACUACAACAAGAACGUCACUCAGGCUUACGCUAAGACUCUCCCCAGCGCCAUGCAGCAGCGCCUUAACGCCAACAACCGUGGCUACCCCGACAUCUCCCUCGUCAGUGUCAAGUACCAGACCAACGUCAACGGCCAAAUCGCCCAGGUCCUCGGUACCUCUGCUUCCUCCCCCGCCAUUGCUGCCCUCUUCGGUGCUCUUAACGACUACCGCAAGUCCAAGGGCCAGGCCAACCUCGGCUUCAUCAACCCUCUCCUCUACUCCUCCAAGACCCGGAACGCUCUCCGUGAUGUCACCUCUGGCCGCAACCCCGGCUGUGACAGCGUUGGCUUCCCUGCCCAGUCUGGCUGGGAUGCCGCCAGUGGUCUCGGCUCCUUUGACUUUGCCAAGUUCCGCACUCUCAUCUAA